AACACCUCCAUUACCCAAUAUACAUAUAUAUAUUUUUUUAUCUGUUCAAUACAACUACCCCAAUCUGAUGAUAUACAUCACAUGCUAUAAAAUCUGUCUGAGUAUGCACAGAUAACCUUCCUCAAUUCCACACACACUUGAUAAACCAUACACAUUCGGAUCUUAAUUUCUUCAUCUCUUCUUCACGCAUAUAUAGCAGUUGAGAAGGCUGAGUCAAUCUUGUGAGAAAUGAACGUGAAGGGAAUCAUGGAUGGGAGUAAUCUUGGCGAUGGAAAUACCGAUUGGGCUGUCAAGGAAGAUGUCAAUGAUGAUACCAGCGAUUCGAUAUCCAUUGGAUCGAUCUCGGGAGAUUCAGAGAACUCUGUGUCUUCAUUUUCAUCAUCAGAACUGGCCGAGGAGGCAUCAUCCUCUUCACCAUCUUAUCUGUCCACCUCUUCUCAUUCAAACGGACCUUUGUUUGAACUGUCAGAGCUAAUGAACCAACUUCCCAUAAAGAGGGGCUUGUCUAUGUUUUAUCAAGGGAAGGCACAAUCUUUCAGUUCUCUAGCGAGCGUAGAGAGCAUAGAAGAUCUUGUGAAGAAAGAGAGACCUUACAGGAAGAAAAUGAAAUCAUGCAAAAGCUUCGGGGGAGGCUUGGAUACCCCCAGAAUAUCCUUCACUCCAAAGGCUACAAUUUCAAAGAAAGCUUCAAGAGGAACUCUUGUAUCUGUUCUAACUAAAAGACGGAGUUUCCUUGGAGGCUCCAGAACUUCUUCCUUUGCUGUACAGAAGAACCUUGCUAGUUAGACCUUGCUUAUUAUUUUAUGCACAGAAUGGGGAAAAUUUUCAAGCCCUCACCUUCACCUUCUUUUCUGACCCGAUACUCAUAUUCUUAAUUCAUUCAUUAGUAUCAUUAAUUCGUGGUACUUUGUUUUUCAUACAAUAGGAUCAUGGCCAGAGUUUCAUUAUUACUAGAAUAAAAAGUUACAUUACAUGAUUGCCAAUUAGCACAUGUAUGCGAGAACUUUUAGGUAAUCGUUGUUGGUGAGAGACAGGCUGUGGAAUAUAUGUCAAACAGUUAUGUGGAAAUCUGUUGAUAAUAUAGAAAGAGGAUUUGAGUUUACAAAUUUUUAUAAUUAGGUUUAUUAUCACUUUCAAAUAUAUCUUUCAUCGGAAAACUGCAGCAAGAACUGAGCAUUUACUAUACCACCGUCAUCACUCUAUUAAUCUUUUUGUAAUCACAUAGGCCAUGGUUACGGACAUAGAAAGUUUCUGGAAAUAAUGGUUGCUCACAGGUUUUACCUUACAGCUUUGUAGCCAUAGUUUAUGGUGAUGGACGAUAGAUGAAUUGAAUAAGGUGGUACAUGACGGGUUUCGUCGGCCGUAGAAUACAGCCAUGGAGUUAGUAUCUCUGACCAAGAAGAUGAGCAGAUAACGGGGUUUGGAAAAGCAAAACAACGUAAUUAUAGUUGUAUAUAUUUACUUUCUCUUUAUAGGUUGUACCCUAUUUAACUUAAUUACCUGUUAGUUGGUUAGGUGGGUGUGACAACUAAAAUUCAGUAGAAAAUUGUGGUUGUGACAGAUAUUAGCAAAGGAUUAUGCAGAGAGUAUCAUGGAUUCAUCUUCACGUAUUUAAAGGUUAGAGAGUCUUUGUAA